GUUUCCAAACCAUUUUCUCCAAGCAUUAACAAAUAUAACAGGUCGUUUGGAAGAAAAACCACAACUAGCACCAUGACUCCAGAAUUAUCGAAUUUUGAAACCGACUCUCCGGCCCGUCAGCAGUACUCAGCGCACAAUCCAAUAGAGCAAUACGUUUUGCUCGCUAAAGGAGCCAAAGGUGCGGCCUGUACGGAAUUGAUCAAACAGGUACUGGAAGCACCGGGAGUUCACGUUUUUGGAGAACUGUUGGCCAUGCCCAACAUUGAAGAGCUACAAAAUGGUCCACACGCUAACUACUACAACACACUGAAUCUGUUUGCCUAUGGAACAUAUCGGCAGUAUCUAGAGAAUCAGACGAAACUUAUACAGCUUUCCCCGGCAAUGCAAAAGAAGCUGCAACACCUGACGGUGGUAUCUUUGGCGAUUAAAAGCAAAUGCAUUCCGUACAACGAGCUGCUCGAUGAGCUGGACAUUAAAAAUGUACGAGUGCUGGAGGAUCUAAUCAUCGAAGCAAUUUACGCCGAUGUGAUUCAUGGCAAGCUGGACCAGAAAAAUAAGCAGCUGGAAGUAGAUUACGCCAUUGGACGAGACAUCCGCAAGGGUGAUGUGAAGGAAAUUGCCUCCACCCUGCAAGAAUGGAGUGAUUCGUGCGAAACCAUUCUGCUCUGUCUUGAGACCCAAAUUAAUCGAGCCAACACUGAAAAGCAGAAACGUAUAAAGCACAAGGAAUCGAUCGAUCAAGAGAUUGCCAAUUUGAAAAAAGCGAUAAAAACUCAAGCAGUAGAGUCCGACGAAGCAAUGGCUACAGACACAUGCCGGGAUAUCGUUGGUGGGCUAGAUCUGCGUAAAAAACCAGCCAAAUCGAAGAGCCUUAAAGGUUCCGGUCCAGGAAAGUCAGUAUCGAAAUGAUUGGCUUAACUCCCUCCCAAGAAGACACACGCGCCUCAGCCUGCUAACCAAAGGGCAGCUUUUGGGAUAUUAAAUCAUGAGUGUCUUUUUACUUUACUUAUUCACAUUAUUUAUUCGACGUUUCGAGGAAAGACGGUACACGUGGUGCCGUUUCUUUAUUUUUCUCAUUACUAACCUAUGUAAUGAAAUGCGCGAAUAAAAAAUAUAUAUAUCAGCGAUUCAAAA